AGAAUUUCUAACAGUUGUCGUCGCUGUGUUUGCACCUCUCAGGGACAUAGUCUGCAGAAUCAGCCUGCAGGGGGGAGCUUUUACUGUUAGGGCAAUGGAACCUGAGAAAAAGGAGAAGCAGGAUAAUCCUUCAGCAACAGCUAAUCUUCUCUCCAAGAUUUUCUUCUGCUGGUUGAACCCCCUAUUCAGAAUUGGCUACAAGAGGCGUCUUGAAGAAAACGACAUGUACAGAGUUCUUCCAGAGGAUGCGUCUGAGCGACUUGGAGAGGAGCUGCAAUGGUAUUGGAAUCAAGAAGUUCAGCAGGCAGCAAAAGAUCUCCGGCCACCCAGACUUACUAAGGCUCUCAUCCAGUGCUAUUGGAAACCCUACUUAUUAAUUGGACCUUACAUCUUCAUAGAGGAAGUUAUCAAAGUCAUUCAGCCAGUGCUACUCGGUAAGCUGAUAGAGUACUUUGAGAGUUAUGACACUGCUCAGCCAGCUUCGGUCUCUGAGGCUUACUGCUGUGCUCUCGGCAUUUCAUUGGCCACCAUUGGGGUCGCUCUGCUUCAUCAUCUGUACUUCUACCGAGUCCAGCGGGCAGGCAUGAAGAUCCGCGUGGCCAUGUGCCACAUGAUCUAUAGGAAGGCUCUUUGUCUCAGCAGCUCAGCAAUGGCCGAAACAACCACAGGACAGAUAGUCAACCUCCUGUCCAACGAUGUCAACAGAUUUGAUGAGGUUACCUUAUACUUGCACUUUAUAUGGGUCGGCCCCCUUCAAGCAGUAUCUGUGAUAUUGCUUUUGCUAUAUGUUAUCGGCCCAUCUUGUCUCGCUGGAAUGUCGGUCCUUUUCAUUCUGUUGCCAGUACAGACCAUGUUUGGACGUUUUUUCUCCAUUCUCAGUGGUGAAACAGCAGUGUUAACCGACGAGAGAAUUCGCACGAUGAGUGAAGUAAUAUCUGGAAUCCGAGUUAUAAAGUUGUACGGGUGGGAGGAGCCUUUCAGUGCACUGGUGGAUGAAGUCAGACGAAUGGAAAUCUCCAAGAUCAUGCGAAGCUCUUACCUUCGUGGCCUGAACAUGGCAUCCUUUUUUGUGGCCAGCAAGAUAGUCAUCUUCUUCACCGUCUGCGUUUAUGUUCUCACAGGAAACAGGCUAUCAGCCAGCAAACUCUUCAUGGCUGUUUCCCUCUAUGGGGCGGUCAGACUAACUAUCACACUUUUUUUUCCCUACGCCAUUGAAAAACUUUCAGAGUCACUCAUCAGCAUCCAGCGGAUUCAGAAAUUUCUUCUGCUUGAUGAAGUUGCUCCUCAGCAUCUUGGACUUUCUGUGGCAGAUAAGAGAGAAUAUAUGGUGAAAGUGCAAGAUCUGAAGUGUUACUGGGAUAAGAACCUUGAAGCUCCAACCUUACAGAAAGUGAGUUUCACUGUGAGACCUGAGCAGCUACUGGUGAUUAUUGGGCCUGUUGGAGCUGGAAAGUCCUCACUCUUAAAUGCCAUCCUGGGAGAACUGUGUCAGGAAAUGGGUGUGAUCAAGGUCAAAGGACGGGUAGCCUACACACCGCAGCAGCCAUGGAUUUUACCUGGAACCAUCCGAAGCAACAUUGUGUUUGGACAUGAAUUCAACCCAAAGAAAUAUGAUCGAGUCCUGAGAGCUUGUGCCCUAAAGAGAGACAUAGAUCUUUUGCCUGGGGGUGACUUGGUGGGGGUUGGAGACCGAGGGGCAAACCUCAGUGGAGGACAGAAGGCCAGAGUCAACCUAGCAAGGGCAGUGUAUCUUGAUGCAGAUAUCUACUUACUAGAUGACCCUCUCAGUGCUGUGGAUGCUGAAGUGGGACGGCAUCUCUUUGAGGAGUGCAUUUGUGGGCUCCUGAGAAAAAAGCCUCGUAUUCUCGUAACUCAUCAACUACAAUAUCUUAAGGCUGCAGAUCAGAUUGUGGUUUUAAAGGAGGGCCAGAUGAUUACCCAAGGCACCUACAGUGAGCUGCAGGGCUCUGGCAUAGACUUUACCUCCCUUCUUAAGGAGGAUCAGGAGGAGGAGAGGCAGGACGUGACCCCACUGCCUGGACCUGGCACCUUUCAUUACACCCUCUCUGACAACUCCUCCAUGUCCUCCCUUUCUUCUUCUCUGUACUCUCUGAUUGAUGGAGGAGAUUCCCUGACACUGGUAGGGCAACCAAUAGAGGAGGAAAGCCGCUUAGAAGGAAAUGUCGGCCUGAGUAUGUAUGUGAAGUAUUUCUUGGCAGGUGCCAACCUCCUGGUCCUCUUAUUUCUCAUUUUACUUAAUGGACUUGCUCAGAUAACAUUUGUUCUUCAGGACUGGUGGCUUGCGCAUUGGGCCUCUGAACAGAAGCACGCCGCUGUGACUGAGCACCUCAAUGGCAACUUCCCUCAGCAGCUGGACCUUGACCUGUACCUAGGUGUUUACGCAGCUUUAACAGUCACCUCGGUUGUGUUUGGCUUCACCCGCAGCUUGGUCUUCUUCAAAGUCCUGGUGAAGUCUGCUCAAACCCUCCACAAAAACAUGUUCAGGGCCAUCCUCCGGACGUCCAUACGCUUUUUUGAUACCAACCCAACUGGGAGAAUUCUUAACAGGUUUUCAAAGGACAUCGGCUACCUAGACUCUCUGCUUCCAUGGACGUUUGUGGACUUCACCCAGGUGUUCCUGCAAGUCAUCGGAGUUAUUGCGAUAGCUGGUGUCAUAAUCCCCGGGAUCCUUAUUCCAGUUGUCCCUCUGCUUGCCGUCUUCCUGUUCCUAAGACACUAUUUCCUGCAGACCUCCAGGGAUAUCAAGCGGCUUGAAUCUACAAUGCGGAGUCCCGUCUUCUCCCAUCUUUCUUCCUCCCUCCAAGGGCUGAGCUCCAUUCGUGCCUUCAGGGUUCAACAUCAGUUCCAGCGAAUAUUUCACAAGUAUCUAGAUCUUCACUCAGAAGCCUGGUUCCUCUUCUUGACCACUUCACGGUGGUUUGCUGUGCGUCUCGAUGGAAUUUGUUGCAUUUUUGUCACAAUUACAGCUUUUGGCUGCCUGUACUUCAGGGAUGGCCUGGAACCAGGUGCUGUGGGCUUGGCUCUGUCCUAUGCUGUGACGCUUACAGGCAUGUUUCAGUGGGGAGUCAGACAGAGUGCAGAGAUUGAGAAUCUGAUGACAUCUGUAGAGAGAGUGGUUGAGUAUGCUGAACUGGAGAGCGAAGCACCUUGGGAGACGGACAAAAAGCCUCCUGCAGACUGGCCCCAGAAGGGCUCCAUCUCCUUUGACAACGUUAGCUUUUCUUACAGCGACAGCACGCCUUUAGUCUUAAAGAACCUCAGUAUUGUCUUCGCAUCCAAAGAAAAGGUUGGGAUUGUUGGACGCACCGGAGCUGGUAAAGGCUCCCUCAUCUCUGCCUUGUUUCGACUGGCAGAACCUGAGGGAAGGAUAACAAUUGACGGCAUUCUGACUUCAGAGAUCGGUUUGCACACGCUGCGCCAGAAAAUGUCGAUUAUCCCACAGGACCCAGUACUCUUCACGGGCACCAUGAGGAAGAAUCUGGACCCUUUCAAGCAGCACACAGAUGAGGACCUGUGGAAUGCACUCCAAGAGGUGCAGAUGAAGGCGGUGGUGGAGGAGCUGCCCAACAAGCUGGAAACAGUGCUGACUGAGUCAGGCUCCAACUUCAGCAUGGGUCAGAGGCAGUUGGUGUGUCUGGCCAGGGCCCUCCUAAGGGAAAACCGAAUCCUCGUUAUUGAUGAAGCUACAGCAAAUGUGGACCCGAGAACUGACAGCCUGAUCCAGCGGACCAUCCGGAACAAGUUUCAAGAGUGCACAGUCCUGACUAUUGCUCAUAGGCUCAACACUAUCAUUGACUGUGACAGAAUACUGGUUCUGGAUGCUGGCAGGAUCCAGGAUUAUGACGAGCCAUACAUCCUGCUCCAGAACCAGGAUGGGCUCUUUUACCAGAUGCUCCAACAGACAGGCAAAGCCGAAGCUGCGUCAUUGCUGCAAACAGCGAAACAGGUUCACACCAACAGAAAGGCGGAGAGUGACACGUGCUGCACCAAGGACAUCAGUGUCAUCUUUGAGACGUCUCUUUGACGGGUUGGAGAGUUCCUGUGGUCCUUUUUCGUGCUUAACAACAGACACCGAAUCUUUCCCUGGAUAUGCUUGGAUUCGUUGAUGUGCACAGAAAUGUUUUCAGAAACACACAAAGCUUACAGGUUUGGUUUGCGCUGCAUUGAUCGGCAAAGACUUUUGGUCUGGAACAGAGAAGUUUUGUGAAGCAGGCCUUGCCUCUCAUUGACUGCAUACAACUGGAUGAAUGUUUAUUGAUUAACUGAUGCUAUGUUUAUAGAAGUGUAUUGU